CAGACGGCGGCGAACGAGCACAAAAAGGAGGAAAAAACUCCAACGAAAAACCCUGCCGGGAAGCGGCUUUAUUUUACAUUUUCACACCCUUCGAUCCUUCCCCGAGCCACCGGUAACGGUGAACAAACCCCCUGGACAUCGCGAAACACGUAAGGAUGGUGCGGUCGAAGCAGCUCGUGUGGCCCUCCGCGGCCCUCUUCUGUGGCCUUGCGCUCGUUCUCCAGAUCGUGCCGACCACCGGAACCAAAUCGCAGGUUAUCGAACUGGACGAAUCCAACUGGGACCGUAUGCUAACGGAUGAGUGGCUUGUUGAGUUCUACGCCCCAUGGUGCCCUGCGUGCAAGAGCCUAGCGCCCAUCUGGGACGAUCUAUCGACCUGGUCAGACGAUCUGAACAUCAAAACGGGCAAAGUGGACGUGACGUCAUCGCCCGGAUUGAGCGGCCGGUUCUUCGUGACUGCGCUGCCAACGAUUUUCCACGUAAUCAACGGUGAAUUCCGCCAGUACAAGGGACCGCGCGAUCUCAACUCCUUCAUGACGUUCGUCGAGGAGAAGAAAUGGAAAUCUCUCGAGCUCGUCUCGGCCUGGCGCAAUCCGGACUCAAUUCAGAUGUCGCUUGUAUCGCAGUUCUUCAAGCUUUCACACUUCCUGAAAGAGUUGAACACAAUGCUGCUGAAGGACUACGGCCUGCCCGUCUGGGGAUCCUAUGCGCUGUUCGGUAUCGGAACCAUCCUGUUGGGUGCCAUUUUUGGGCUGUUUUUGGUUUGCAUCAUCGACUGUCUGUUCCCACCAAAAUCUGGUCAACGGCAAAGCUUCUCGGAGCAUAAGCAGAAGGUACGGGCCGAAAAGGUGCCGGAAGAGUUGCGCGGUGACGAAUUGGUAGAUGAAAACGAAGAAAAGCGAUUGGUAGAAGACGUGACGCAGGAAGAUGACGAAGAGGAAGAGGAUGAGGAUGACGCGGAUAAGGAUACGUCGGAAGGCGAAAAGUACUCGGGCAGUGAUGAUUCCGAUGACGAGGUCGACCGUGCAGAAGAAGAUGAAGAAGAAGAAGCCGAAGCACCACCAGCAGAGCCCGCACCGGAGAAACCGGUGGCCCAAGAUGCGAAGAAGGAGAAGACCAACACAACCAGCCCAGACGUACGGAAACGCAAGCCUAGAAAGGCCGACUAAACCGAGAACUCGACUGCGCUUUUUCGGUUUACUUUACUUAUAACUCCUCCAUUCGUCUUUUCCUAAAUUUUUCGCAUUUAAUCCAUACUAUUCCAAUACUUUUCACAUUCUUCUUCUUUACUGCGUUUCAUGUUAUGCUUAAAUACCACGCUUGUUUUCCACCAAAAAGAAAGGGAUCGACCGUUUUGGCGUGAAGAGUUUGUCUUUUGUACAUUUAGCUACUAACGGAAGGAACCCAAGUGUGGGGCAAGUGUAGGGCUGUGCGUGCGUCGUCGCAACGGUUUGAGCGUGCGAGCUAGGCUAGAGGAGGAGAUCGUAACUUUCUGACGUGGCACCUUUGUGGGCAUUUUGCGAUCAAAACAGGCAGUUGAUAAAAGGCUCGAAGGAACUUUUAAAAUCUCAAACGUGUUUGACUGGCUCCCGAAAUCAUGCUGAUCAGAAAAGAAAACGGAGACGGAAAGGAUAGCGAAAUAACGACCGAAAGAAUGAGAGCCGACGAUAGGAUAAGUUAAUGCGUAAAGCUAAUAAAGUAACGACACAAACACACUCGCUGAUCAAUUCUUAAU